AUGCAAACCGAUAGUGAAUGUGAAUCUGAUGUAUCAUCAAUAGCUGAUUCAUCAACAACAAAUCCAAAUCAAUUAGUACUUAAUAGAGAAUCUUUAAUUAAACGUAUUGAUUCUUUAACACAAGAAAAUCGUGUUCUCAAAGUUGAACUUGAAACAUAUAAAUUACGUUUAAAAGCAUCACAACAAGAAAUAAAACAAUUAAAACAUGCAAGUGUUAAUAUGCAAGCUAAAGCUGAACAAGAAGAAGAAUUUAUUUCAAAUACACUUUUAAAAAAAAUUCAAGAAUUAAAAAAAGAAAAAGAAACUUUAGCUAAUAAUUAUGAACGUGAAGAAGAAUUUUUAACUAAUGAUUUAUCAAGAAAAUUACAACAAUUAAGAGAAGAAAAACAAACAUUAGAACAAUCAUUAGAACAAGAACAAGCUUCACAAAUAAAUAAAUUAAUGAAAAGAAUUAAACGUUUAGAAGCUGAAACUAUUAAUAAACAAAAUACUCUUGAUCAAUUAAAAAGAGAAAAAAUUGAAUUAGAAAAUACUCUUGAAAAAGAACAAGAAUCUUUAGUUAAUCGUUUAUGGAAAAGAAUGGAAAAAUUAGAAACAGAUAAAAGAUUACUUCAACUUAAACUUGAACAACCUGAUCAAACAGUUAAUUCAACUAAUUUUAUACAAAAUCCAUCAUCAUCAUCAUCAAUUGAUUCAUCAAUUGUAAAUAAUCCUUUAUCAAUAGUUGGUUCAUCAUCAAUUAAAUUAAAUGAUGAUAUAUCAAUAUCAAUAAAUCAAGAUAAUAAUCGUUCUAAUUCAUAUUUAUCAUCAAAUAUGAAUAAUCGUCUUUCAUUACCAAAUAUUGAUUAUAUUCAACAAUUAAAACGAGAAGUUGAUAAACUUAAAAGAGAAUUAAUUAAUACACAAGAAUCACAUAGACAAAUAAUGGAACAACUUGUUAAAGAAGAACAAGAUAUUAGAAAUGAAAAUUUACGUUUACAAAGAAAAUUACAACUUGAAGUUGAUCGUCGUGAACAAUUAUGUCGUCAAUUAAGUGAAAGUGAAUCAUCACUUGAAAUGGAUGAAGAACGUGCAUUAAAUGAACGAAUUAAAUCAUUUCCUAGACAACAAAGAACAAAUUCAUCUCAACAACAUUUAACUCGUUCAAGAACUGUUUCAAGUCCAUCAUCAGCUAAUAAUAAUAUUAAUAAUGAAAAUCCAUCAUCAACAUCAAAUGAUUUUCAAAGACCACGACCACCAUCAACUUCAAUUGAUGCUUCAAACCAAAUGGAAUAA